AUGAUUGGAGGCUCAUCUAAAGAAGGCAUGGAAGCAAACAAUUUGGUUAAUGGAAAUUUCAUUUUUCUCAUUAUUUGCAAAGCUGCCCAGCUAGAGGGCCGAGAGCAGAUCCCUCCGAGGGCUGGCCCUUGGGAAGGCGCCUUCAGCAGUGGGACCAGGCAGGUCACCAUAACCGAGAACUGCACAUCCGCCCCUGCAGCCAAGCCCAAGCGCGCCAAACCCUCUAAGAAGUCCACAGACCACCCCAAGUAUUCCGACAUGAUCGUGGCUGCCAUCCAGGCCGAGAAGAACCAUGCUGGCUCCUUGCACCAGUCCAUCCAGAGCCAGUACAUCAAGAGCCACUACAAGGUGGGGGAGAAUGCCGACUCCCAGAUCAAGUUGUCCAUCAAGCGCCUGGUAACCACCGGGGUCCUCAAGCAAACCAAAGGGGUGGGUGCCACUGGGUCCUUCCAGCUGGCCAAGAGCAAUGAGCCCAAGAGGGCAGUGGCCUUCAAGAAGACCAAGAAGGAGGUCAAGAAGGUGGCCACACCAAAGAAGGCAGCCAAGCCCAAGAAGGCUGCCUCCAAAGACCCAAGCAAGAAACCUAAAGCCACCCCAGUCAAGAAGGCCAAGAAGAAGGCGGCUGCCACACCCAAGAAAACAAAAAAAACCAAGGUUGUCAAGGCCAAGCCAGUCAAGGCAUCCAAGCCCAAGAAGGCCAAACCGGUGAAGCCCAAAGCCAAGUCCAGUGCCAAGAGGGCUGGCAAGAAGAAGUGAGGAGGAAGCCUUUUCUUACGGACACUCCACUCUCUCACUCUGUAAAUACUUUUUUCCUUUCUUCCUUGAUUCUUUGCAACCCUUUGCCCCGUUUGUUCUGACUUUGUAAGAGACAGACUUUGAAUUCCUCGGAGAUUGUGGAAUAAUUGCUUUUUCCUUCCAGUUGUGCAAGGACCGCAACAACAAAUCUCAUCUCUGUAACGAUGAGGAUGUACUUAAAUUUCGUUUUGUUGAUUCGCUAUUAAUCUUAAUGGGGUUCGGGUUUGGGUGGGGUGUGUGUUGUGUUAGGGGGGUUGCUAUGAGGGUAGAUGGGGAUGGAGAGAACAGGCUCAGCAGUUUGUCCUCCUAAAGGAGAGGGAGCCCAGGAAUUUAUUGUAAAGGUCUGUAGGAGUGUCUUUAA